AUGAUUUAUCCACUAACCAGCCAGCACGUUCGAAAAAAAGUAAACAGCGUAGCAGACAACGACACUAAGCUUGGGCGUUUGGCCACCAGGUGCUCCAUUAUUCCCUCAGUGUCUCAGGCCGGCGGCCUGGGCGCCUCUCAACUCAAGAAAGACGCUGACGUCUGGAUCAUUGCAAGGGCCUUACAACUCCUUGAUAGCCGUGAUCCUGUCGUCCGCCUCUCCGCGCGCUCCCAACUUGCGCAGAACAUCUCGAAGGGAUUCUCCGGCAAGCCACCUCAACCACUUCCCCUCUCCGACUAUCUUUCCGGAUCCACGGUGGGCGGUCUCCACGACACCCGCUUUUACAAGGCUGGCUCCAACACCUGGUCGCGGACUAGAAAGGCGGCACGACGACUGGAAGCCAGGAUCGAUGUAUCCAGCGAUGAAUCGCAAUCUAAAGUGAUCGCUGACGACGUCUCCUGUGUUUCUGCCGAAGCCGUCAGGGGCCUCCGCACCGUGAUUAGAAACCGCUGGACCGUCUCUCUCACCAACGCACAACACCAGGGCCGGGUGGCGAGGGGGCUCAUACUGGACAAAUCAAACGACAUCGCCCGGCUCACUUCGUGCCACACCAGCCUCUCCUUUGAUGAAUGGAGCCUCCUACACAAGAGCCGUCUAGGAAUUUUGCCGCUCUUUGGCACUCCUGGCCUGGCAGCUCCCAGCACAAAAUGCCGAAGAUGUAAGGAAGAUGUGGAGUCCACUUCCCACGUAACCAGCCACUGCCGCAACAACCUGCCAGCUAUCGGCCGCCGUCAUGACUUGGUACUGGCCAAGAUAGUCAAGACCAUCACCAGAUCUGGUCAUACGUCCCGCGUCAACAGAGUUGUUGAAAACUCCACCCUCAGGCCGGACAUAGUGGUUACUUCAUCAACUCCCUACAUCAUCAUCGACCUCACCAUCACCUUUGACGCUCCUGAAUCGCUCCACGCUGGAUUUGCCAGGAAGGUGGAAAAGUACAGCUGCCUUGGACUCACGCUCCCUUUCGUCAUCGGAGCUCUUGUUUCCUGGCUGCCGUCCAAUAAUACAGUCGCCGCCACCCUUGGAAUUCAGCCCUCCGCUUGGACGCGUCUGCGGAGGAAGUGCCGACUCAUGGCCAUCCAGGGCUCUAUAGCCAUCAUCACUCGCCAUAUUCGUGGCAACCGCGAUGAAGACGAUGAACCUCCUACUACCCGGAAAAAAACCUUUUGA